AUGUCAUCAGACUGGUACCCCAACCUGGACUGGCUGAAGGAGAGCUGCCGCAUUGCUACCAGCUACAACUGGGCUGACGUAGACCUCUCCCCAUUUCAAGGUCUGAAGGAGAGCAUGCGGCAGGCUGAGCUCAACAACUGGUCACUGGAUGCUGCCCAGAUGGCCGACCUAUGUUCCUCCAUUAACCAGUUCUUCACAGCCACGGGGGUCAUCCCUCCUCAGGGCGCCGCCCACCCACAACCUCAGGUCCAACACCCGACACCACCAGGAGCACCACAGCACCCGGCUCAGCCGCACGGGGCGAUGCACCCAAAGGCCAGCCAGCACAAUCAGCACGCGCAACACAACCAACACAACCAACAUAACCAACACAUCAGCACGG